ACACCAGUGUACCACCAGUGUAGAAACCGUUUGCCGGGAGCUGAGUCUUACUAAAAUUGAACGCAGUUUGCCAAGCCACGUGCUCGUCGCCCAACCACUAAAAACACCGCAACAUAAUAUUUAAAAAUGGCAGAUUCAAAUUACCCAUCAUGCCAGAAGAAGAUUGAUAAAAAUUUCGGAACCAAAGCCAUACACGUGGGCCAAAAUCCGGACCAGUGGUCUUUUAAAGACGUCGUUCCUCCGAUUUCAUUGACCACGACCUACAAACAGUACGGUCCAAAUGAUCACGCUGGAUUUGAGUACAGUAGAUGCGGCAACCCGAUCAGAAAUGUUUUGCAGAACUGCAUAGCUUCGCUGGACAAUGGCAAACACUGUCUGACCUAUGCGUCUGGCUUGGCUGCCACUACAGCCAUUGUACAACUGUUGCAGUCCGGAGACCAUAUAUUGUGCGGCGACGAUAUGUACGGCGGCACGAAUCGGUACUUUUCGAAAAUUGCGUCUAGAUUCAAUGUGAAAUUCACUAUGACUAACAUGACAAACAACGAAAACAUAGCGAAAUUGAUUUUGCCCGAGACCAAGCUGGUAUGGAUGGAGAGCCCUACAAACCCAUGCAUGAGAGUUGCUGACUUGGAAUCGAUUUCGACAAUUGUUCAUAAUAUACGAAAAGACAUCAUCGUAGUAGUCGACAACACGUUCCAGACUCCUUAUUUCCAAAGACCGCUUGAAUUGGGUGCAGAUGUCGUGCUUUACUCACUAAGUAAAUACAUGAACGGUCAUUCGGACGUCAUAAUGGGCGCACUUGUCUUAAACGAUACAGAAUUAUUCGAUCGUCUAGCCUACAUUCAGAAUUCUUGCGGUAUUAUGUCGUCGCCUUUCGACUGUUACCUUGUCAACCGCGGCCUGAAAACCCUGCACGUGCGUAUGAAGGAGCACAUGAAAAAUGGUUUAGCUGUGGCCAAGUUCUUGGAACAGCAUCCGCUCGUUGAACAAGUGCUGCAUCCAGGUUUGCCGUCGCACCCCCAACACAAGGUGGCUUUAAAACAGGCCAGUGGUUUCAGCGGCAUGUUGUCGUUUUACAUCAAAGGCGGUAUCGACGAAGCCACUAGAUUUUUACAGGCCAUCAAAGUGUUUUGCUUAGCCGAAAGUCUCGGUGGAUUCGAAAGUCUGGCCGACCAUCCAGCACUUAUGACUCAUGCUUCAGUUCCUCCAGAAGAACGAGCAGUGUUAAAUAUUUCGGACAAUUUAAUCCGUUUGUCUGUUGGACUAGAAUCGGAAGAAGAUUUAAUCGCUGAUCUCGAACAAGCACUAAAAGCGUCUGUUAAAAAAUAA